GACAUUUGGUUGAAGAUCGUCAUAAUAAUAAUACUUAUGAUCCAGAAGCCAUUAAAAAAUGUUUAAUGAUUUUUGAUGAGGAAACAAACACAUGGUCAUUAGAAAUUGUGAAAUCUAGUUAUCAUGUUAAUACAGGUGAAUUUGAUAAUUUUGAAACAUCUAGUGAACUGCAAGAAUUUGCUAUAAAAUUUGAUUCAGCUUCAUCUGGUGAUAAUAGUAGUAAUGAUAGUUCAUCUGAAAAUGGUAAUGACAAAGAUGAUUCAGAUUCUGGGGAAUCAACAUUGAAUCCUGAAUUUGUUGAACUCGCAUCAAUGAUGAAAACUUCAUUGAGUCAAGAAAACGGAAUCAAUGACUUUAAAUCAUACUAG